CCUCGCGCUCACAGAGUGAAGACGCAUCGCGCACUCAUAUAAACCUAAUUUUAUACGCUUAUUAAUAAUUAUUACACAUACUAAUAGUGCUUUGUGUUAUUAAGUGCUUGUGUUAAACGGUAGGCUUCAGCAGUGACCAUACAAACAACUGUGAAUCAGUGUCGUUUUAUGUGCGAUAGUGUGUGAUGUGUUAAUUUUUUUUUUUAAAACAACAAUGUCGUCACGAGGUCAACGAGGUCCGUCCCUUGCCACUAGCCAGCGAAAGCACAGGUCCAGAUCAGCUCCCAGAUAUGACCUGGAGAAGAAACCGAAGAAGAAAGACGCUAAAGCCGCGGGCACUAGUAGUUUAGUCUCUAUUCCUAAUAGCAUAAAGCUCACAAUGCUUAACAGUGGACUUAUUUCUUUUGACCGAGUGACGUUUAAGCCGGAGACUGAUGAAAAUGGAUCAGUGUCGGAGACUAUACCGGACAAGCCGGUUGAGUUGAAGAACUUCCCAAAGCUGUGUGAGCAAAGGAGAAAGUUUCCUGUACUCUACAAACUUGAGUUCCAGACUGCGACCAAAGUGGAGACACAUGCGUGCCGGCACGCGACCAGGAAAAGCAAUCAACAUAAAAACCAGAACCAAAAAGUCAUUCCUUACGACUAUAACAGGGUGGUGCUAGAAACAGUAGAGCGGGAGCCAGAUUCAGAUUACAUUAAUGCUUCAUAUAUAGAUAGUAUACUAAAACCGAAUGCAUAUAUAGUGACCCAGGGGCCAACGGAAGAGACAGUGAUAUCGUUUUGGAGGAUGAUAUGGCAAGAACGAGCCGCAGCUAUCGUAAUGCUGACAAAAACUUUCGACUUUAUAAAGGUAAUGUGCGUCCAGUAUUGGCCGGCCAGCAAAGAAAAGGAUGAAACAUAUGGAGACAUCACCGUGGGAAUAGUACAGGAGGAGGAGCUUGCCAACUUUCACAUUAGAACCUUUCGACUUUAUAAAACUGACAAGAACGUGAUAAUCGAGGAGCGUUUCCUGUUACAAUUCCACUACACCCAGUGGCACUCCCACACCUGUCCCUUCAGCAACGCGCUGCUCGAGUUCCGGAGACGAGUCCGGGCUGUCGUCGGUAGAAGACUCACUGCUAACUCUGCUUCUGGACCCAUGGUAGUGCACUGCAAUGACGGCGGCGGUCGGUCAGGAGUAUAUCUGGCUGUUGAUGCUAAUUUAGAAUUGGCUGAAGAAGAAGACUGCUUUGACGUUUUUGGAUAUUUAAAGAAACUGAGACAGUCAAGAAAGGGACUUAUUGAAAAUGAGGAACAAUAUAAGUUCGUUUACGACACGUUAGAAGAGCAUGUUGUGUGUGGAGUGUCAUGGUUUCCUGUAUCUGAUCUAUCGCAAAGACUGAAACAGAAGUCCCAGAGAGAUCCUGUGACAAAACUGAACGAGUACCAGAAGGAAUACCAGCAGAUCUGCAAGCAAACGCCAAGGUUUACGAUCGGUGACUGUGCCGGCGGCCAUAGAGGAGAUAACAGAGAAAAGAAUAGAGACGUCCUGGUUGUGCCGCCGGACAAUUUCCGUCCAUAUUUGACAUCAUUUCAAGGGAAUAGUUUCACAGAUUAUAUAAACGCUGUUUUUGUUGACGGAUACACAAAGCCUCGUGAAUACAUAGUUACCGAGUGGCCUCUAGUACUGACUCAGGGUGAAUUUUGGUCCCUGGUAUACGACUAUGAGUGUGCUGCCGUAGUUGUGUUAUGCGUGCCACCUAAAAAUUCGCAACAAUAUCCUCCGUUUUGGCCCGAAGGUCGGCACCCUAAGAAAUAUGGACCAGUGUUCACAAUAGAUCACGUAUCUCAUAACCACUACACCAAUAUCAAGACUUGGAUAUUUCGAAUUAACAAAAAGAUUGUAUCGCUAACGGAACUGAUGGCUGGUGUAAAAGCUCCACCGAAAACAGUCCAGUUGUUUCAACUGACGUGCUGGCCAAUGGGACACAAAGUACCUUCGUCGACCAACUCCCUGGUUGAGCUCAUGAAUAUGGUCGAGAGAUGGAGGCAGCGUACUGAUUAUGGACCAGUCUGCGUAGUGUCUCCUGAUGGCCGCAGUCGUGCUGGUGUAUAUUGUGCAGCAAACGCUUGCAUAGAACAAGUCAUACAACAUGGUGAAGUUGAUGUUUUCCAAGCUGUGAAAACGGUUCGCCGACACCGACCACAACUUGUCGAGAACAUGACUGAAUACAAGUACUGCUACGAUCUGGUGCUGCAUUACGUACUACAUUACUUAAAUAAGGACAUGAAUGAAAAGAAGUGAGAGUGCGAGCUUAAAGACGAACUCUGGUUCAUAGAGUUCGGGCGAGGGCCAGCGUUGCCCACAACACCUGAGGAGACCAGCCCGACCUCGCUGACUCGGCAAGCCAGGAACCAGCAGAGACCCGCAAGACCGCGACGCGGAUUAUCUCUCGAUCGUCUGUUGCCCAGCACCGCGCGUCCUCCGCUACCUCACGCUUUCACCAUGGAAGCACCGCGGCGGCCCCGCCGUGACCGACCACCUCUACGUCGGUCAAUCCGUCUUGAAGAUGAUGACGCCGCAGCUGAUGAACGUCGCCGAGUGUUCGGACACGGACCGCGUGCUGCCUCGUUUGAUGAAGGUGAUGUCAGUGAUGAGCACGAGGAAUGCGAAUGUCAACGGAUGUCGCUUGAGCGUUCCGGCCCAUCCGCUGAUACACCUGAUGACAACGAUUUGGAACCGGAGUUCGUCGCCUCUCCUCCUUAUGAUGCACCUCAACAAGAAACAAAAAUUCGCGGUGCUUCUGCGGAUCGCAUUCUAGAACAUCGGGAACGUACACUUACUCCUCGUGGGCCUCCUAGAGCCCAUUCGCAAGGUGUAUUUGAACGUCGAUUACCGAAAAUUUAUAAAUUGGGUCUUAUUGAUAAAUCUAAACGUGCUAGUUCUAGUGCACUUUAUGAAAGAGUUGACCGAUCGCCUACUGAAGCGUUUUACAAUGCGACUGGUUCUACUCGACUAAGCUCACAUGAGCUAUUUGAAAAGUUUUGCUCCGAAGACUUUACAUCGCUGUAUGGCCGUGAAGAAUAUAGGCCACGGCGUCCACCACAUUCAAAAUCAACUGGAAGUAGUGGUUCUGAUGUGAGACACGAAAGAACUUGCUGUCGACGAGUUCCUUGCACUUCACAACCUGCUCUGAGUAGACGUCAUAUUUAUGCGCCCCGUUCUGAUCGCUCAACAGAUUCUGAUGAUACUUCUCCAGGAAGGACAAACAUACGUUCACCAUUACAAGAGCAACAUUCAGAAGAUUAUUCUAGAUCUGCACCUUUGCUCAGUCCAGAUAAAUUUGAAGCUAGAUUUACUUUCGAUAUAUCUGAACAUAGUGAAGUAACAUCUAAUCGUGACGAAACACCAUCCGAUGCGACGGAAACAAGAAACCUUACACUCUACGAAGAGCCGUAUUCCGAUCGGACGAGUAUUUGCGAAUUGUACGAUGCAGCUUUCACAUCACAUCGCCCUUCGUUCAAAAGGAACGGGUCUCGACGACAAACUGGUCAAUUUGAUCUAACCAAUUUAGAUUUUCGUCCUAUUGACGAUGAAAGCCCCCGUACCAGUCGGCGCACAUCGCAUCGUAGCAUAGAUGAUACGUUGCGUCAGGCGUCUGAAUCCAGAAGUUGGGCAUCGGAUUCUGUAUUUGCUACUCCAGAACGCAGAGUCAUAACGACGACCACUACGUCACCCUCGUCUACAGAUACCAGAAAGUAUUUGACAGCACAAUGUGAUUUAGAUCGCGCUGAUUCCGCUGCAGCCGAUUCAACACAGGCAGAGACUACUCUUGCUGAAGAAUUACCGAGUGUGGUUGAGAGGUCAGAAUAUACUUUAGCGCUUAAAUUGGGACGCAUUGAUUUGGAUGAAACAUCUGUGAGAUCAGCAACACCGCCUGCAUCUGCGCUGGAACGUAUAUCGAGUAGGCCAUCAAUGUUAAAAUUGGAGCCUAUUGAGCCUGAAAGGCGUUGUGGUGAGAGCGAAGAGGCACAAAGUGCAGAUUCAACGGAUCCAAACGUUGAAAUUAAGCGUCGACGACGGGGAGCUAGUGAACCACGUCGUUCAACUCGAUGUUUUCCACUCUGAUGCUGCGCGGCGGCGUUGGCCUAAGGACAGCGCCGCAGCCGCCACUGCACUAACCACACAGUGCCUUCUCGCUAUCGCAUGUGUGCGUCUGCGAUUCUAAGGGUUGGUUUCUGAAGAGUAAGUCAAGCUAGGCUAUGUUUGCCCAAUUGAAAACAUUUAUUUUAAACAUUUCCUAGCUUUACCAACUCUCAAAGGCCCUUCGUAAUCUUAUUGAGAUAAUUUACGGUCACUGGGUCCAGUGUAGUUAUAGCAUAGCGGACUCACAACCGCUAAACAGAACUCCUUAGUGAAACGAUCCUCUUUUGCCUGUCACCAAACGGUAACUGCCAAAGUUUAUAUAAUUAAUAUAAUAUAAUAUUUCUCUUAGAGUAAGGUCGUUCGUAGGCUGAGCCUAAAACGUAAACGUGCGUAGAGCAUAGAUUCUAAAUAUAUUAGAUAGUGUCCUGAGGCUAGCAGCAAAAUAUUCCUCGGCGUUAGUCCAUGUCUGACACAGGGUCCUCAUUUAGCUAAAUACAUUAAAUCGUGUUAGGUACUCACUCUGAUCAAAGGGAUGCCACAAAUGGAAUGUGUGUGUGCAUAGAAAUACAGGUAGGUAAUGAGUAGUUUCGUGUUCGGGUAAUUUAAAUAUCAUUUACAAAGCUGGGUAUAAAAUUUAUACUAUUGUUUCGCUAGAGAAUACUGCUUUUGCGUAUAAUUCCAUUGAUGAUGAUUAAAUUAAUUUAGUAAAGAAAUAUUUUAUACUAAUCGGUUCGAUGUAAUAAAUUACGUAUUUGGAAUGCCUGGUUUCUAAGUAAUAUUUUAUUUUAAAUUCGAAUAUUGUUUUAUUAUAUGUAUUUUGAACUUUUAGCCAAGUGCGCUGGACUGCAUAGGAAUUUUCUCUUGGCCUCGUUUGAGAGCAAAUAAAGAUGCUUUUUUUAAUAAAUCGUUAAGCGCUUUUGUUAUGGUUUCAAGAACCAAUGCUUAAUGUUUAUUAUAAUAAUCUUAUGUUAUUGUAGUAGAUUUUCCAAGAAAUAUUUAUUUACCCUCAUUAAUGUUAUUUGAUGUUUUUAAUAGAAGAAUUUCUAGAAGUGUUUAUGUCGUAUUGUUCGUAAUGUUAUGAGUAUCUUCGCAAGACUUGAAUGUUACUAGAUAAUCGUGCCAAAUGAAUUUAUUCUAUUUAAUAUAAUAUGUGUUAUAACACUUUUCUAUUUUAUUGUUAUGUUGAACUCUUUAAACGUUUAUUAUUUAUCUGCAAGAUAUAAAAUCUAGAUUCGAUUUCAAUAGACGCUUAUCUAGAAAGUACAUAAUUUUGUACUUAGUUGUAUUUUUUCGUAUAUAUUUCGAUUUAAUAGAAUUACGGCGAAAUUGCUAAAACAUGUUAACAAUUUUAUUUAAAUUUUAAUGAAGCUAAUUAAUUAAGGCUCACUUUUUAAUUUCUUCUUUUAUAAUUGUCUUUCGAUAGCCUAAUAGUUAGCAAAUAUGUGUAGUUAGGAAUAGAUAUGAAAUAUUUUUUAAGUUUAGAACGAGAUGUGUGUGAUAAGAAAUGAAAAUCAUUUAUGUAGCUAUAAAUAAAUCAAUUAGUGUUGCCACGCCUUUUAUCUAGUCAAGAUCGCCGGAGUAUGUUGGAUGAAGGCAGCGCAAGCAGAUCGUCAUGGAGAUCUUUGACGUUUGAGUUUGGAUUUGUUUGGCGAAGCCAGUUAGUGCGUGUUUUUAUCAUCAAAUCAAUUAAGUUCUAGAACUGCAGAUGAUCAAACGAUAAUCCGCCAUUAAUUUUAUUUUUCCAUUGUGUUUCUGUGAUUAAUAAAAUUGAUAAUAUACGGAUUGCAUUGCAAUUUUUCUGCUACACAUAGCAGUUAAUGUUAAACAAAAACAGAAAUGCAUUAUUCCACAAUUAAAUCGAGUCAGUCGUCCGUAUUUAGUAAUUACAAAGUUUUAAUAAAGCGGUUGCUGACUGGGUGUAUUUAUCGUUUGUUUCCGCACUUUGUAAAGUACAUUGCAGUAAUUAAUGUGAUUCGUUAGUUUCGCCAGCCCUUCCGGUGACGUAAUCACUCGCCAUAUCUAGCCAUAAACAAAUUCGAUUAUAUGAGCUUUGCGUAGUGACGUUAUUGCAUUUUGUGUCCUCUAACGAAUUUAUCUCGGAGAGUGUUCCGAAAUGUUAUUUAAUCUGAGCUCUUUUCACUAUCAUGAAAUUCCUUGCAUGAUAUUUUCAGGUCCAUACGACAUUAGUAUCUUCAAAAACGGUUCAUUAACUUGUACGCUCUUGUCCUCUUAUUCCAUUAAAAAUUAGUUGCUUACAUGAGAUUAAUAUUUGUCAAAGUGGUAUCAUUACACAUCAACACAAAACAGUAUGUAUUCUUUUGUGUACCUUUGAUCCAAGUUAAACCUUUUCAGUAUUUUAUAUGCUGUUUAGUUAUUUAGAAGGAUCUUAGAAGGUUAUAUUUGCAACAAUAUUUCUAUACGCACGCUCAUGACAAUUUUCUCCUUCUUUUUUAACCCGAGAUCAAUAAUAUUGUUUUAAAAGAUCAAUAUCAUCAUUGUCUUUUUGGGUUUCAUAUCCGAGAACAAUAAGUAGUCUGACAUAGAAUAUUUCCUUUCCAUUUUAUUUCCAAAGUUACGUUAGGUUAACUUUUGAGGAACAGUAGUUGAGAACAGACCCUUGCUUUUUGGGUUCCUUAUCGCACGUAUUUUUGUCUCACCCGCGCUUCUUCUUUUUAGGCCUCUCCACUACUGGAGGUUGGCCCUCAGCUUGCGCCAAGCAAAAUAGUAUUUCUACGCUAGCCAUCUUCGUCCAUUCACGGAUGUUACGCAACCAGGUCUAUUACCUUCUUUCCGCGUGUCGCGGUCGUUUGCCGUCUACUUUUGUCCAUCAUUGUAAGUUGGAGCAGUUGGCAUCUCUGGUGUCUCAAGACGUGGCCCAAUUAUUAAACCGCCGCAAUUCGCCCGCGCUCACGUGACAGAAAUGAUAAUUAAGAAUUCCUAAAUAUUAGAAUCGACUCAUCUAAUGUUAGGUACCUCUUCAUCAUUCGCGCUAUCUUUCGUCUUUUAUGUUAAUGCUAUUACUUCUUUGCUUAGUGGGUUUCGUUCAAUGCCCGCAGCCGUAGGUAAUUUUUCAAUUAUAACUUUAAAUUAGUUUAUACAAAGUUCCAUGUACUUCAUAAGUCUAACGGCGUUCGCUAAUUAUAUUUUGUUUUGAAUGCCAUUAGUAUCGUAUAAGUUUUUGUUUAGUAAAUGAUUGCUAAGUGGACCAUUGUUUGAUAUAUAUUAUAAAUAAUAAUUAUCUCACUUUCACCUCUUCCUCGUUCCAUAUAUAUUUAUUAAAUAAAAGAUAAUAUUAAAAAUUAUAUUAGUAAAUAUUAAGUAGUAAAUAUUGAGAUAUGUGUAACAAUUCAAUAUAUUAUGGUAAAAAUAUAAAUAAAUAGUAGUUAUAUUACAAACGAUUGGAUUUGUUCUUUUUCGUAACCAGUAAGAAAUAAUAAGAUAAGAAUGUAGUGGUUUUUGUAUUUUUUGAGUUUUAAAACUUCCUUAUUUUAUAUUUGGAUUAUUUUUUCUAUGAAUUUCAAGAUACAAUACCUAACUUUAUUAAACACAAAGCCAUACCUACCAAACCGUAUUUGUAUAACUACUUGGGAAAAAAACUUAGCUUCUUAUACAAAAUAGUUAUUGUAAAACUGAACGAAAUUGCCUGCAUUGUGAAGAUCUGUUACUGUCUGAUCUGUUGAUAUAAGGUGCGUUAUAUUAGCCUACCCAAAUCGACAGUGCCCCAGGCCACUAGAUUUUUAAGAUACACCAAAACCGAGUGUGCCGUACGGCACCCUAUUCCUUCACAAAGUUCUCACCCUUAUUUUGUUUAUGAGAAGGUUUAUUUUGCAUGGUCUUUUAUCCUGUUUCAAUAGCUUUCUGAUACAUUCACUCAAAUCAUCCUAAUUAUAAACAAUCUAUUGCUACAGCGACAAAAUCGCGCCGAUCAGCAGUGAGAGGCUCCUUUGCAGAGGGAGCCGGCUAGAUUAUGGGUACCACAACGGCGCUUAUUUCUGCCGUGAAGUAGAAAUGUGUAAACAUUACUGUUUUUCGGUCUAAAGGGCGCCGUAGCUAGUAAAAUUACUGGGCAAAUGAUACUUAACAUCUUAUGUCUCAAGGUGACGAGCGCAAUUGUAGUGCCGCUCAGAAAUUUUAGGUUCUUCGAGAAUCCUGAGCGGCACUGCCUGGCGGGCUUUGUAGGCCGAAAAUGUAGCUCACAGGCGCGGGGUAUCUCGGAAGGAGACUCGAACCUCGAACCACUUGCUCGCUAGGCUGGAUGGAGCGAAGAUGUCUAUACGCUAUUACAUUCUUAGUCUAUGGCGCCACACAUACAAAGUGUAUAUAUACCAUUCGCUCGAUAGCACAGGUAAAACAAUUUGAAUAAGCUCACUUAAUAGGUAUUAUCGCGAACGUGACUCGGCUAAAUACGUCUGCAAUGGGUUUAUCGAAAAAUCCUCAUUUAAUUAAAAAAGAAAGAAAGAAAGUAUAUUGAUUUGGUUCAAAAAGAUAUUUACAAACACAAAAAAAAAAAAUCAUCAUAAAGUUUGAACCAAGAGGUCGUCUGCCCAGCUUUAUGCAAUGAAACUAGCUACAACGCUGGUAUUCUACAGCCUAUCUGUUGGUUGCUAUGCAAGUAAAUAAAAUAAAUCACAUCUGAAAAACAAAAAUAAAAUUGUAAAGAUAGUGAAUUAGUAUUAUUUGUAUAUUAUUAUGAUAUUUCCAUCUGGUUACGAAAAAACGAUGAAAUUAGAUUAUUAGUAUAGAAAUAUAUUGUAGUUAAUACGCGAACUAGUCACAUUUGUAUAAAAAUAUUGUAUACCUUAUACAAAAUAUAUUAAUGUAUUUGAUUAUUGAGUGUAUUAUGAUGUGUCAUAUUGUUUAUUAUCAAUAUAAUAUUAUAGUUUGUAUCAUUAUAUAGAUAUAUUGUGAUUUCAAUUUUUCAACUUCCACAAAUAAUGUGUAACUUUAUUGGAAUAUUGUUGUCAUGAAUGUUAUUUAAAUGUAAUUUUAAAAAUUUAUACCUGGAUUAACGGAGCAUAUUAUAUUUAUUUGUUGUAUAA